AAUUACUUUAAUGGGCAAUUGAAAAAAUAAAAAAAUGACCUUUUACCCCCUUUGCACCCUGACUUCCAUUUUCCUAAACCUGAAAACAUCUGCAAAAUUCCCAUCAAAAUCCAAUCCAAUCCAAUCUAGGUUUAAUUCUGCCUCAAAUUCUACUCGACUUCUCCUCACAUGACUGUCAUGGCGCCUCCCGCCCCAAAUGAGGGAGAAUACGCACGCGUGCGCGUUUUGUGUGUGUUUUUUGCUCUGUUUCUGUGAGAGAACGAGCUUCAGUGAUAUUCAAUUGGUCUCUGUUUAGGUCUAGUUAUAAAGAAAAGAGAGAAGCAUAGUUUUCCUUUUAAACGGAACCCUAAACCGCCCGUGAGUAGAACGCCGGCGUCCUCCGCCGUUGAUCUCCGCUUUCUGCCGUUGUGGCGAUAGCAACCGCCAUAGUUGGACCAAUUAACCAGCUCCCUCCAAUUUCACGGCGUCUGACGACCCUCUCUACUCCAAAUAGCCACCAGCGUGUUCUUCGCCGGUGUUGUGCAUUUAUACUCGUGCAAGUUGGCCCGCCGGUGAACACCUGAUUUCACUCAAUUUGUCGCUUCUUACAGGAAUACGAAAGGAGGACAAGCGUUCAUCCCGAUUGAGGCGUAAGCCAGUCUCUAGAGAGCUUAGAGAUAGACUGCCACCAUUUUCAUAUUGACCGGAUCCAUGGAAGAACCUAAAAGCAAGUCUAGGAGGGAGGGCUCUGAAAAUGAGGAAGUGAAAGUAAGUCACCAUAGAGAGGAUCGAAAGCGUGAAAAAGAGAGGAAUGGUGAGAGGCACAAGGACAGGGACAGGGACAGGGACAGGGACAGGGACCGCGAUAGUCGCCACGAGAGAGAAAAGAGUGUUGAUGACAAGCACAGGGACAGAGAAAAACACAAGUCGAAGCGUCGUGACAAGGAACAAGAACAGGAGAGAGCCAGGAACCAUGAUGAUGAGAGGCCUAGAGACAAGGCUAAAGGCAGAGAAAAGGACAAGGAUGAUAGAGAGGUAGAUAGAGAUCGGGAAGACAGGGAAAAAGAGAAGGAAAGGGGAAGGGAUAGAGAUAGAGGGCGGGAUAAAGAAAGAGAGAGGGAGAAGGAAAGAGAGAGGGAGCGGGAGAGGCAUGUGGAGCGAGAAAGGGAAAGGGAGAGGGAGAGAAGGGAAAGAGCUAGGGACAGAGAGAGAGAAAGGAAGGAGAGAGAGAGGAAACAUGAAAAGGAAAAACGUCGAGACAGGGAUAGGUCACACAGUAGUGAUGAGGAUGUUAAAGACCAUGAGAGAAAAAAGCGCAAGAAAGAGGAGGAUCAUCAAACCAGGGAUUCAGAACAAAAUAGUAAGGCCAACCGGCAUAGGGAUGGCAGCGAAGACAAUAGUUCACGGAAGAAGGGAGACGGAGAUUCAGAAGAUAAGAAAGAAAAGAGUUGGGGAGGAGAUUUAGCUGAAGAGCAACAGCGAUUGGACGAUGAGAUGGAAAAAAGGAGAAGGAGAGUUCAGGAGUGGCAAGAGCUGAGAAGGAAGAAAGAGGAAUCCGAGAUAGAAAAACUUGGGGUGCCUGUUACUCAUGAACCUGAAUCUGGCAAAACUUGGACACUGGAAGGGGAAUCUGAUGAUGAAGAAGCUGGUCCUCAGGAAAGAGAAACAAUGGAUGUGGAUGAGGAUGAGGAUGGAACUGUGAAGCCCGUUGGAGAGGAUGGAAAUGGCAUGUCUAUAGACUCUGUGAAUGAGGCAGCUCCUACCACGCAAAGUGUUGGAGAUAAUGCUGUUGAUGAUGAAGAAAUUGACCCCUUAGAUGCGUUUAUGAAUUCUAUGGUUUUACCUGAAGUUGAGAAACUAAACAAUGUUGUGCCUCCGACUUCAAAUGACUCUGGUCCUGAAUUAGUUGAAAGAAAUGGUAAAAUAAACUCAGAGAACACUAAAAGGGGGAAGAGCAAAUCUAUGGGAAGAAUUAUUCCUGGAGAUAACUCUGAUUCGGACUAUGGAGAAAUUGAAAAUGAGGAAGAUCCUUUGGAGGAGGAAGAUGAUGAAGAAUUCAUGAAACGGGUGAAGAAGACCAAGGUGGAGAAGCUUUCAAUAGUUGACCAUUCAAAAAUUGAUUAUCCUUCCUUCCGCAAGAAUUUCUACACUGAAGUGAAGGAAAUUUCCAGGAUGACAUCUGAGGAAGUGGCUGCGCAUAGGAAACAACUGGAAUUGAAGAUACAUGGAAAGGAUGUACCUAAACCAGUCAAAACCUGGCACCAAACAGGGUUGGCCACGAAAAUUUUGGAUACUAUUAAGAAGCUUAAUUAUGAGAAGCCAAUGCCGAUUCAAGCGCAAGCCUUGCCCGUAAUUAUGAGUGGUCGGGACUGCAUUGGUAUUGCAAAAACAGGAUCUGGCAAAACCUUAGCAUUUGUCCUGCCCAUGUUGCGACACAUUAAGGAUCAGCCUCCUUUGAUGUCAGGUGAUGGGCCCAUUGGGCUUAUUAUGGCUCCCACAAGAGAGCUUGUUCAGCAAAUCCAUAGUGAUAUAAAGAAGUUUACAAAGGUUUUGGGUCUCAGCUGUGUGCCUGUAUAUGGAGGUUCUGGGGUUGCUCAGCAGAUCAGUGAAUUGAAGCGAGGGACUGAGAUUGUUGUUUGCACCCCAGGUAGAAUGAUUGAUAUAUUAUGUACUAGUGGUGGUAAAAUUACAAAUCUGCGUCGUGUUACUUACUUGGUCAUGGAUGAAGCUGAUCGGAUGUUUGAUAUGGGUUUUGAACCUCAAAUCACGAGAAUCGUCCAAAAUACAAGACCUGAUCGCCAAACUGUGCUAUUUUCUGCGACUUUCCCUCGCCAAGUUGAGAUUUUGGCACGUAAAGUAUUGAAUAAACCUGUUGAACUUCAGGUAGGUGGUAGGAGUGUUGUGAACAAGGACAUUACCCAACUAGUUGAGGUAAGACCUGAAAGUGAUAGGUUCCUUAGACUCUUAGAACUACUUGGAGAAUGGUAUGAGAAGGGAAAGAUACUGAUUUUUGUCCAUACACAAGAGAAGUGUGAUGCACUGUUUAAGGAUUUGCUUAAAUCUGGAUAUCCGUGUGUAUCACUUCACGGUGGAAAGGAUCAAACAGACCGUGAAUCCACAUUAGCUGAUUUUAAGAGUAAUGUCUGCAAUAUAUUGAUUGCUACAAGUAUUGCUGCUAGAGGUUUAGAUGUCAAAGAUCUUGAACUAGUCGUUAAUUUUGAUGUCCCUAACCAUUAUGAGGACUACGUCCAUCGCGUUGGUAGAACUGGCCGAGCUGGUAAAAAGGGAUGUGCUAUCACAUUCAUCUCAGAGGAGGAUGCAAGAUACGGACCAGAUCUCGUUAAAGCCUUAGAAUUAUCGGAACAGAGUGUUCCAGAAGACCUCAAGGCCUUAGCUGAUGGCUUCAUGGCCAAGGUGAAUCAAGGGCUUGAGCAAGCCCACGGGACUGGUUACGGUGGCAGUGGUUUCAAAUUUAAUGAAGAGGAGGACGAAGUCAGGAGAGCCGCGAAGAAAGCUCAGGCGAAGGAGUAUGGGUUUGAGGAGGAUAAAUCAGAUUCAGAAGAUGAAGACGAAGGAAUUAGAAAAGCAGGUGGUGACAUUUCUCACCAAGCAGCACUUGCUCAAGCUUUGGCUUCUGCUACCAAAGCAAGUGCGGCUGCUGCUUCAGUGACGGCACCCAUGACAUCCGGGCAGCUCAUUCAAAAUGGUGGCGGGGUGGCAUCAGCGGUAGUCCCUGGAGGUGGAAUGCAAACAGGUGGCAACGACGCAGCAGCCAAGGCAGCGGCUCUGGCAGCGCUGAUGAAUUUGCAGCAUAACUUGGCAAAGAUUCAGGCUGAUGCUAUGCCUGAACACUAUGAAGCAGAAUUGGAAAUAAAUGAUUUCCCUCAAAAUGCUCGUUGGAAGGUGACACACAAGGAAACGCUGGGUCCGAUAUCGGAAUGGACAGGAGCAGCCAUCACGACUCGAGGUCAGUACUACCCACCGGGGAAGAUUGCAGGACCGGGAGAGAGGAAGCUUUACUUGUUCAUUGAGGGCCCGACGGAGCAAUCAGUCAAGAGGGCCAAGGCGGAUCUCAAGCGGGUCUUGGAGGAGAUUACAAAUCAAGCUUCAUCGCUACCAGGUUCAGCGCAACCUGGCCGAUACUCUGUUGUCUAGGACCCUACAUUUUUGCUACCUUCAUUUCAACUCUCCCUUUUUACUCUAAAUAUUGUUUCGUUUCUCCAUAUUUUGCAAACAAUCUUGGAUUACAUUACAUGUAAGAUUUUGUUGCGCUAUUGCUCUAGAGUGCCAUCUCUGUUGUUGUAUAGUUCCCUCA